UACACACCCACACGAAAAAGCCUCUCUUAAAGGUUACGUUGAUAGCCGCAGGGCAGAUUAGAAAUCUAAAGUGGUUUUGUCUGUCGCAGAGUGAAGAUGUACCUCCAUCCGCUGCUGUUAUUACUAACAGUGGUUGUGCCCACUGCUUGGGCUGCUAAUUUCUGCACCAAGUCCAGCCAAUGUGCAUUGGGAGUGGAUUCCUCGUCAACAGCAGCAACAACAAAUGUUCCAGUGCAAGCGCGUUACGAUUACACCCGUAUCUAUAAUGUAGAGCUGGCCACAGCUGAACAAGUGAAGCUAUUCCAAUCUCUGGAAGCCGCAAGCGACUCGUGCAGCUUUAUGGGACAUGCGCGCGCUCCUGGACAGAAGCUAACUAUAAUGGUGGCUGGACAGAAGGUGGCUGACUUCGAUGAUCUGCUGCAUAGCUACAACGUGAGCCACCGUAUCCUAAACUAUAACUUCCAGGAUCUGAUAGAUGCUAGCUAUGCUGAGGUUGCUCCCAAUAACACGCCUGCUGCAGAGUUCGAUUGGAAGCGUUUCUUCCAGCUGGAAAGCAUUUAUGGUUGGCUAGAAAAGCAGGCUCAAGAUCACCCGGGAGUGGUUACGGUAUUGGAUUUGGGAUCAAGCACUCAAGGACUGCCCAUAAAGGGAGUGCGCAUAGCCUUCGGUUUGGAAAACGUCACCAGUGUGUUCGUCGAGAGCGGUAUCCAUGCCCGCGAGUGGAUUGCUCCUGCGACGGCCACCUACUUCAUCGAUCAGUUGCUCCACUCCUCUGAUCCUGCAGUGAAAUCCUUGGCACGCUCUCACAAUUGGUUGAUCUUUCCCGCUGUGAAUCCAGAUGGCUAUCAAUAUACUUUCAAUGGGGAUCGCAUGUGGCGCAAGAAUCGCAAUCUCUUUGGCAUCUGUCGUGGUGUGGACUUAAAUCGUAACUUUCCAUUGAGCUGGAACAGCACAGGAGCCAGUGGCAACCCCUGUCAUUAUGAUUUCUCAGGUCCAUCGGCUGCCAGUGAAGUGGAAACCCAACGCAUAAUUCAAUUUCUCGAGGCACGAGCUGAGUCAGAUCGCGUUCGUACUUAUCUGGCACUCCAUAGUUACUCCCAACUGAUCAUGUUUCCCUAUGGUCAUUCGGCGGAACGUGUGGAGAACUAUUCGGAUCUCAAGGAGAUUGGUCAGAAGGCAUCGGAUCGCAUUAAGGAGAUAAGUGGACGCGUCUACAAGAGUGGCAGCAUCUAUGAGACCAUCUAUCCCUCGAGUGGAGGCUCCAAGGACUGGGCGCAUGGCCAGCUAAAGAUACCCAUUACCUUCACCUUUGAGCUUCGCGGACCUCCGGAGAGCGAAGAGCUGUUUAUCUUGUCGGCCAAGGAAAUAGAACCAACUGCACGAGAGUCAUUUGCAGCGGUUCAAACAAUUAUCGACGAGGCUGCCAAGCGUGGAUAUUAUCAAUAAAUUACAACAGAGCCUUUAAUAA